AUGAUAUGGGAUCUUAUAAACAGAUGUGGUUUGGAUCCGGAUUUUCAUGAGCUAUUGAUGAAACUUCACAAGACAAACUCUGCGUCUUUACAGAAAAGUCUUUUGGCUGCAGAAGUACAGUCACUUAGACUCAAAAUGUAUGUGCCAGCAAAGUCAGCAACAGUUACUUGCCAUUUGGUUGUACGAGCUAUGUUUUGCGAAAUGAUGGGGUAUGACACAUCUGAUUUUGCCCAUCUUCCAGCAAUUAUGCUUUGCCAAAAUGCUCGGACUUUGUACGAAAAACGUCUUGCACAUUUGGCUGCAUCUAUAUUUUUACAAGGAAAUCAAAAAAUGAGUUUACUAAUGACCAACACGCUACAAAAGGAUUUGGGGAGUUCCAAUCAUUUUGAAGUCACGAUGGCCCUAUCUGUUUUAUCUGCAACCUCUACAGUAGAUAUGGUUCCACUUCUUAUAAAAUUUGUUGAAAAGAAUCUCAAACAUCCAAACGAGAUGAUUCGACGUAAAGCAGUACAUGCUUUUUAUCGAUUUUAUCAACUUGAUAAUCAAGCAGUUUACCCAUAUAUUAAGAAACUCAAGCGAUCACUUGCAGAUACACAUCCCAGCGUUAUGUCUGCAGCUCUGAUCACUCUCAACUAUAUUGCAAAGGACUUUCCAGAAAUACAGGCAUUGCUGGCACCAGCUGUGGUGCAUAUUCUCAAACAAGUCUUGAACCACCGCCUUGAUGCUACUUACAACUAUCACAGUGUUCCUGCACCAUUUAUUCAGCUUAAUUGUUUGCGCAUGAUUGCAAUGUUUGGGCCACUUUCUCAAGAAAUGGAACAAACUAUUUUGGUAACAGUGUUGGAAUCUCUUCACCAAGUCAAUGCACGUCAACAGGAUGAUAUUGUAUAUAUGAUUAUUCUUCAAUGUGUACAAACCAUAGCUGCUCGUUCUCCUUCACCAGAUGUUUUAAAAAACAUCAUGACUGUAAUUGGCCCGCUUGCGACAAGUACCAAUAUCUCUGAAUUACAUUUGGGUGUGCAAUGUUUGACUGCAGUGACUAUGCGCUCAUUGAACCUACAUCAAUCCGCAGUGGAUCUGUUUAUCAAGGCAUACAAUAAUUCUGAAACAGAUCUUGUACUAAAAUACUCUAUUAUUGAAGCACUAAUGCAUACAUGCCAAGAACUUGGUCUUGCGCGCACUCUUAUACCAAUGCUGCUUGACACAAUGCGUAGUUUUAUGGGUAACGCGUACAUGCAGCAAUGCUGUAUCAACCAUAUUUUGGCAAUGCUAAAAAAAUACGACAUGGAUCGCGUACUAUUUUGUAAAGCAGUAUUGGACUCUGUUGAAAUCAUUCCCGACGAAUGUCGAGGAAAUAUAACCAAUACGAUUACAACCUAUGUGACAGAUGGAAGUAUACUUGCCGACACUGCAUUGGCGCGUGGGAUAGAAUGGCUAGAGAAUCCUGCCCAUCCACCUUUGUUGACAUGGCUUGCCGUAUGGAUUUGCAGAACUAUUGGUUCACACGAGGUACUUGGCAAAAUAGCAGUACUACUAAACCAUUUGAUCAGUGUAGAUUCAGGACUCAAUACUGAUUUGAUUGCACAUGUAAUUGAGACAUGUACAAAGAUAAGCUCUUCUGCUGAAAUCAAAUCUUCAGCUGCUCUAACAGAAGCAAUCAAGCCUCUAUGUGACUCUGCACAUCCAGGAAUCGCAAUUCUUUGCUAUGGCAAUUGUAGCAAAGCACUUGUGUUUGCUGAAGCCAACUCGUUAAACCAUUUACAUAUCAAAUAA